CAAUAGUGUGAUUUUUGUAGGUUAUGUUAUGCUUAUGAGUUUAUUAGAAAAGUAGCAUGUUUCUUUAAAAAUUACGGGUUAUUUGUAAAAUAUUAAUAACUUACUUUCUAUUUUUAUUGUUACUUGAAGUUUCAACAAGUUUUGUAGCGUGCCUUCUCACUUACUUCUUAGUUUUUACUUCUGAUGCCUUCAACGGUUCCAGGAUCGGAGAAUUGUUUGAACUUUGCCGGUGACAGUGUACUUACGACGGUGAAUGUGUGUCGGCAUCUUUGAUAAAAGAACUUUAAAUUUGAUUGACUUUUUGAAAAAAAAUUGUAAUUCAUAUUAAUAUUUAGUAAAAACUGCAAAGAUCUGAAAAUGUCUUACACAAUGAAACUGUUGGAAGAACGGCAUAUGGCCACCAAAGUUGAGUUGAUGGUUUGGAGUCAUAAACUUGAUUUACUUGCUCUGUCUAACGCAAAAGGAGAAGUAGCUCUUCACAGAUUAUCGUGGCAGAAAGUUUGGUCGCUUCCCCCUCCAGAAGAAGGUGCCUCAGUCAAAGUGAUUGCUUGGAGACCAGAUGGAAAAGUUAUAGCUAUUGCCUAUUCAUCAAAUGAUUUAUUGCUAGUUGGAGUUGAGAACCGUAGCUUAGUUCAUCGUUCAAAGACAGAAGGUGAAGUCACUUGUUUGUCUUGGACUCAAGACGACUCUUCCUCAAGAUCUUCUUAUCAAUCUCUUCAGGACCUGAAUCUGGACUUCCUACCUCGCCUUCCCUCUCUGUCGCGCAGCUACGGUAGCGCGCUGAGCGAGGUCGGCGGAGGACCCGGCUCGGCGGCGGGCGAAGAGGGGCUGAACGGAGGAGGAGCCGGGGGAGGGGUGGACAGUGACGUCACAGAACCGCGACCCCUCAGCCUCCUCAUAGUGGGUCACGUGACCGGGCAGGCGGCGCUUAGCAUCUAUGGACUGUUCGGCUGUGGGAGUGUCGAUUGCGGCACCAGUUGCAUACUCAGCACUGCGCUUGCGCAGGACUUUGGACGCUUGGUCAUCGUCUGUGAGGGCGGCGAGUUGAAGGUUUUUGACACGAGUGUACUGGCUAAGCAGUACGCUAAUGAACUGCAUGCGUUGGCCUCCAAGCAUCUGAGCAUCAUGGGAUUGGUGGAUUAUCUGGACGAGACAAUGAAAUCGGUCAAAGAAGCCUAUGAGAAUCUCCUACUACUCGAAAUGGAAUCAAAACUGGCUUCCUAUGCUGAAUCUACAUCUGGAGGUGACGUAUCAGCUGAUCUACUGGAACUGCUGGUGUUGGGCUCGGUGAGCGAAUCGCUGCAACGAUUCCUGCAUCGCGACCUCUCCGACAAAGCGGUCAAGAAGUUGGGCCACUCUAUAGAGCUCUCCUACUCUAACAUCCAGAAGCUGGUGCUGAAACAUGUGCACUCUGUCGCGCACGCCAUCUCGUAUCACCUGGCCGAACUACAAGGCAUGGCUAGAUGCAGUACGCGCUUCCGACCGCUCGGGCUAAACGAAGACCUUGUUACCAAAGCGUUGUCGGCUGUGGGCAGGUUCCUCGCGAAAGCCAACGAGAUGCUGCUAGUGAUCGAUGAUUCUAUGAAGAAGUACAAACUGUUUUUUCGGUGGUUGUUCGCCAUGAUCCAACGUGUGAGCGAAGACCGAAUGAUGGACAUGACGUUGGCCGAUUUCACACAACAAGAUAUAGCCUUCAUCGCGUCGUUCAUCUACGAUUUGGACGGCAGUUGUCGACUAGAUCAUGUGGGACAGUACUUGAAUGAGACCGAUUUGACACACCCUAUCGAAACGGAAAACUCCUGGCAGAAACUUUUGAAAAACAAUGAAGAACUCGCUAAACACCCGUGCAUUGUGAAACUGGAUAGGAAGACGUCGUUAAUGCAGGAACAUGUACGAUUGAGGGAGGCGAUUGUCGAGGUGUUUGUGCCGCCACAAUCAGCUGUGGGGUCCAUGUUGUUGCCUGAUAACGUGGUAAAACUGCCAGGCGUGAAAAACCCCUCACAGGUGGCGUUGACGUUGGAAACAGGUGAUAAUAGGUUGUUGUUGACUACUCUAGAAGGUGAAAACCUGUUGUUAUUUGAUGUGAAUUUGGUGACAAAAGGGUUUUCUGUAAAAUCCAUAAUCUUCCCCUCGUUGCAUCCGUUGGAUGUGCAGUUCUACGUGCCCGAGAUACUGUCAGUCCUGUUGAAAGGGACCGAUCCUGAGAGAGGCGCAGUUUUCGUGCAACUUCCGGUGGCCCCCGUGUGUAAAGUGGCGGGGAGCGAGGUAGAUGCCACGAAUCUGGUUGAAAGUUCGGCGCUGCAGCCGAUCGAGAACCUCGUGGCGUCCUCGUUUGCGGUGAGUGGAGCGCGCAAGAUGGCGGUUUUGCUGUCGGAAAGUCGCCGCAAGAUUCGGCUCUACGAUUUGGAUGCGGAGGCUGAGGACGAAGAAGAAGAGGGGGCGGCGACUGAUGCUGAUAGCAGUAAAUGUAGCGCCAUGGAUGAGUCUUCGCUGGUUGUGUCUCCAUAAUAAACUUCCUUUUAUAAUAAUAUUAUCAUUUUCAUAUUAUUAUGAAGCCUUUGUACAGUAAUUUUGUGAUUGAUAGAAUUCAAGUAUUUAUAUAAAUUUGAUUCUAUUUUUUAGUUAUAAUAAGAGUCCAGUCAAUAUAGACAUAAAAAGGGGGCUGUGCUUGCAAUUUAUAUUGUAGUUCUGAUUUUUUAAUAUUAAAUCUUGGGUACAUAACAGAAGUCCAGAAUCAAUUUUUUCAUGCAAAAUUUCCUUGUGCUAGUUACAGGGAGACCCAAAAACCUCGUAUUUUCCAGUUUUAAGCUAUUUCUGCCAAAUCUCGUAAUCGGACAGAAAAAGUUGCUCCCGCCUUUUUUUAGAUUAUAAAAUUCUGAAUAAAAUGAGAAUGUGAGGACAAUGUAGUUGGUGAUCAUAGUUGAAGCUGAAAAUUAGGUGUUUUUCACAAUACAAGGAGCAUUGUUGUCAGGUGUACCUGGAAAUCUAUAUGAGAUAGAGCGCUCUACCUGAUUUCAGAUUGUAGAGCACAAAAAUAUGCCCAGAGGGAUUUUGAAUUACAUAUCUAAAUGGUAGCAAUCGGAAGAUAUUGUUGAUCAAAAACUAAAAUUCAUGAAAAUUGAUUUUUUCUCCAAAUUUCACUCAUUUUUGAAGAAUCAUAACUCAGUACUCAUUGGAGAUAGAGAGUUCCGAAUGAGAUCUUUUUAUUCAGAAUUUUAUAAUCUAAAAAAAGGCGAGAGCAACUUUUUCUGUCCGAUUACUAGAUUUGGCAGAAUAGCUCAAAACUGUAAAAUGAGCCGAAAAUACGAGGUUUUUGGGCCACUCUGUAUCUAGCACAAGGAAAUUUUGCAUGAAGAAAUAUUGUUUCUGGACUUCCCUUAUGUACCCAAAUAAUAUAUUAAAAAAUCAGAACUACAAUAUAAAUUGCAUGCACCAAUGUAUAUAAUGACUGAACUAAUAUUGAUAUUAACAUUAUUUAGUAUAUUGAAGCCUUUGUACAAUAAUUUCUUGAUUGGUAGAAUUCAAGUAUUUAAAUAAACGUUUUUCUAUUUUGUAGUUAAAUUGAUA